GCGAAAAAUGCAAAAUCCCCCGCACCAAAAACUGCACCGAUGGAGAGACAGAGCGCGGGGUUUGCGCACUCAUAAUCCUCCUCUUCCUCUUCAUCACAACAACGGGAACAAAUAGAAAGUAAGGCAGAGCAGCUGAUCACGCUGGAGGGGCGUUUCCAAACCGAACAAGAACACGAACUGCAGGCUGGGAGAGGAUUUGGUCCCAACCAUCGUACCACAGACGCCGGACGACGCUGCGGAGAACGCAGGAGGUUUAGAGGAGGACAGCAUGCGCAGAUGUCUGAUCAGCCGGGUGGAGGUGCAGGGUUUCAUAGAGAGGUGUAUGAUGGCGGUAGGGACCAAACCACAUCACGCCCGCAGUCUUGCAGAAGUGUUGGUGGCAGCUGAUAGCAGGGGUCACUACAGCCAUGGACUCAACAGGAUGGACAUGUACGUCAAGGACAUCAAGUCAGGAGUGUGUGCCGUCGACGGCGAGCCACUGGCAGAGAAGCAAAGUGCAGCCACAGCAUUGGUGGAUGGGAAGAACCUUCUUGGUCCAGUGGUGGGAAACUUCUGCAUGAAUUUGGCGAUCAGAAAAGCCAAAGAGGUCGGCAUUGGCUGGGUGGUGGCGCAUGGUUCAAACCAUUUUGGGAUUGCUGGUUUCUAUGCGAUGCAAGCUCUGAAGGACAACAUGAUUGGCAUGUCCUUUACCAAUACAUCACCAUUGGUGGUUCCCACUCGAGGUAAAGAGCGUACUCUGGGCACCAACCCUCUGAGUGUCGCUGCUCCGGCCAAAGAUGGAGACAGCUUUGUCCUAGACACCGCCACUUCAGCUGUAGCUCUCGGGAAGGUUGAGCUCAGUGAGCGUCAUGGAGACAGCAUACCUGAUGGCUGGGGCUGUGAUCCUCAAGGAAAGAUAACGGCUGAUCCUAAAAGAGUCCUAACUGGAGGAGGCCUUGUUCCUAUCGGGGGCAGUGAAGCCACAGGAGGCUACAAAGGGUACGGUCUGGGAAUGAUGGUGGAAGUGUUUUGUGGUAUCUUAGCUGGCGCCCAUUACAGUAAUAAUGUCCGCACUUGGAAAGUGACUGACCGUGUUGCUGACCUGGGUCAGUGUUUUGUAGCCAUCAACCCUGAUAACUUUGCUGCAGGCUUUAAUGAGAGGAUGUCAGAUCUGCUGUCUAUCCAGAGAAACCAGGAUCUUGCUGAUCCCGAUGCUCCUGUUUUGACCCCUGGAGAUCCAGAAAGGGCCAGCUUGAAGAAGUGUGAGGAGAUGGGUGGAAUCCUUUACCAUAUAAAUGUGGUCAAGUACAUGAAUGAUUACGCCAAGAAAAUUGGUGUCAGCGAGCUCCUACCAUGUGACGAGACUGUCACCACUUAGCUGAUCAAGUUAGGAACUUUUCAGUUGGAAAUCUGUCUUAUCCAAUCAGCAGCAUCUGAGCAGCCUGGGAGUGUAAUCCUUCACACAAAUUUGUGAUUUGUUUCUGAUCUUUGUACAUGUUUAUCCGUCAAUUCUGAACAAAACAGCAUCCUGAGAGAUUUGAUGAUUAAAAUACUGAUUUCUAUCAUUUUUAAAUGAGGAAACUGUAUAAAUGUUGUUUUUAGAUGUUUUUUCAGCCUUCAAAUAUAUGAGUUUUGGACUAAAAAAUUAAAAACUCCUUUGUAAUUAUUUAAUAAAAUGGACUGUUUUGAUUUGUGAGAGCUGCAUAACAAGAUGAGGUUUUUAUAGUGUGAUAUACAAAACACAGAUAGGCCUUUAUGCUCUUAAAGCUGCUGAAAGAGGUUUGUUUACAACAAGAAGCUUUGCCAGUUUUUUAUAUAUUCUUAUCAUUAAUUUAGCGCUAGGAAAUUAUAUAAACAUAUGUUGUAGGUGCCUUAUUCUUUGAAAUGUCUAUCAAUGUUUACUUGAAAUAUUGUUUCCUGUUCAGCCUGUUGUUGUAUCACUUAGGACAGAUAAGCUGGUUGAUGCUACAAAAAUCUUCUGUCAUUGUUUAACAUUUUCUCUUAAAAUGUAAAUUUAAAAUAGACUUUUCGUAUCUUCAUAUGCUGUUUUAACUUUACUUGUAAUUAGUUUUCAUGUCAUUUUAACUUACAAACGGAUGUCUAUCCUUGAAUAUGUUUAAAUGUGCUUAAAAUAAACCAUGUCUGAGAAAAUCA